GCAAGGAAGUAAGGGGGUGUCCAUCCCCCACAACCCUGCUGCCACCACACCCAAGACACCCCUUCUCUGCCUUCCCGGGGUAUAAAAGGCAUCGUUGGCACACUCCCUGCCCUACUCCUGACUCCAGCUCUUUGUCCUCUGCCACCAGUACUUCUUUAUCCAUACCAUCAUGGCCUUCAUGCCGGCUCCUGGCUAUCAUCCCUACUAUAACCCGACUCUCCCAUACAAUAGAGAGAUCCCAGGGGGGCUGCGCCCAGGAAUGUCUAUCUACAUCCAAGGAGUGGCCAGUAACCACAUGAAGAGGUUCCAUGUCAACUUUGCGUUGCCUGGGGGCGACAUCGCCUUCCACUUCAACCCGAGGUUCGACGGGUGGGACAAGGUCGUUUUCAACUCGAAGCAGGGGGGCCGCUGGGGAAGCGAGGAGAAGAAGAGAAGCAUGCCCUUCCGUAAGGGGGAACACUUUGAGCUCGUCUUCUUGGUCACGGACCAGCACUACAAGGUGACGGUAAAUGGCAGCCCUUUCUAUGAGUAUGUUCAUCGGAUCCCUCUACAGACGGUCACCCAUCUGCAAGUGGAGGGGGACCUGGAGCUUCAAUCCAUCAACUUCCUUGGAGGUGGCCCUGCCCCAGGCCAGAUUCCUAUGCCAUUUCCAGCACACCCAGGCCCAGGACACGGUCACGCAAGGGCACCCCAUGAAUUACCGACCAUGGAAGGGCCACCAGUCUUCAAUCCGCCUGUGCCAUUCGUUGGGCGGAUGCAGGGUGGCCUCACACCCCGAAAAACCAUUGUGAUAAAAGGACUGGUGUCCCAACAUGCCAACAACAUCGCCAUCAACUUCAAGGUGGCCCAAUCUGAGGAAGUGGCCCUGCACAUUAACCCCCGGCUAACUGAAGGUGUUGUGGUUCGCAACAGCUUAUUGGGUGGCAAGUGGGGGAAAGAGGAGAGGAACAUCUCCUUCAAUCCAUUCACUCGGGGCCAGUACUUUGAUCUAUCCAUCCGCUGUGGUCAUGACCGCUUCAAAAUCUUUGCCAAUGGCCAGCACAUCUUUGAUUAUGCCCAUCGAUUCCAUGACUUCAACAGAGUGAACACAGUGGAAAUCAAGGGAGACUUGUCCCUGUCCUACGUGCAGAUCUGAGCCCAUGGCAAAGGAGAUGGCCAGGCCCAGACAGGGCUGGGUUCUCAAUGUGUGCCAGUCCUUGUGUUUGUGAGAGCAUUGGUCAUUUUCCCUUUCAUUUUCUUGUUCAUGUAUUCAUUUGUUCUCUCAUUCACUGGCUCCUUGACAUCCGUCCAAUUUCGAAAACGUGCAUUAAGUGCCUUCUGCAUACCAGGCACCUUUCUAGGUCUGAGGAAUACAAAGACAUACAUUCCCUAUCCUCAUGAAGCUGACAUUUUACCCGGAGGAAGCACAGAUAAGUAACUUUAAAGUAAUUUGGGUGAGAAUACUCACAACCAAGUGGUCAGGAAAGAGCACAGUGCCUGGUACACUGUAAGCACUUAAUAAAUA